AUGGAAUUCAUUCAAGACGGCGAUCUUGCAAUGGUUUCCCGCGGGCCCCACAGCAACAGCAGCACUUUUUUAAUUACUUUUUGUCCGCUGCCAAUUCUCAACAAGCAGCACGUCGUCAUAGGCACUGUUCUCAAGGGCAUGCGCGUCAUCCGCAGGAUUGAAGAUGUAGGAACGAAGAACGGAGUCCCGUUGGAACCCGUUAGGAUAAUUGGGUGUGGGCUGUACAGAGGCCCCCAAGAUGGUCCUCCUUUCUUUUCUUCAGCGGAUCUUCUUGACAAAGCAGAAGAGCCUGUGCUAGAAGAAAAGUCUUUCCUCGAGCUACCCGCCGAGAAGCAAGAAGAAUUGCUGCAGAAAAUAGCAGCAGCAAAAGGCCCCCACAAGAAAGGGGGCCCCCCAGCAGCCUACAGCAAAGCAGCAGCAACGGCCCCAGCAGCAGCAACUGCAGCAGCAGAACCCGUGGCAGCAGGCGGCAACAGCUAG